AUGUUGGUCAAUGGUGUGAAAACACUUCCUUAUGUCGAAUUCCAAAAACCAGCGAGAGGUUCCCCAUUCUUCUUACAGGAGUGGGUUAUGGAUGAGGCUGGGGUGGUCGUUGGGGGGAAGAAAAUACAGAGGGAGGGAGGGAGGGAGGGAGGUAGAGAGAGAGAGAGCACAAUUGUAGCAUGUGCUGCUCACAUGGCUAAAUUUAACAGAAAAUGUAACGAUAGAACUAAAGCGCCGAUUAAUAAAGAAUUGGUGGACCAUUUGAACAAAUAA